AUGGCAUCCGAGUCAACCCAAGCAGACCCUCACGACAAAGCGUGGGAGAAAGCGGAGAAGAAGUUCACACAUAAACAUGCUAGCGAGUACUACGACCCAUGCCAAGACUUCGCGGAUCGGAGUCUCAAGUGUAUGAGACGGAAUGCCUCUGACCGCGAAAUGUGUCACGAUUAUUUCCACCUCGAUCUUUUGUCUUAUGCAGGCUUUGUUUUUAUUCUGUCCGCGAGAUCCAUUAAUUUUGAUGCGAUGCGUGUCGGAGUAUAUUCAGUCGCUAACGAGGCACAGCUCACCCAGAAGAAAGUUUCCUUGACGCCCCAGCCCAAAUAA